AUGCCUUCAACGCCCUCUCAUCCCUCUGGGAAGCGAAAUGCUCCAUCAGAUUGGGACGCACCCCCUUGUAAAAGGACAGCGAACUCGCCAACUCGCAUUGGAGGAACGGCGGGGGGAGACGACAAUAUGAACAAUGCGUCCUCAGGUCCAAGUCCACAAGUUCAAGAUCAGGACAGCGUGUUGCUGCAUGAACUCGCUUCUUUGAGGCAGGAACUUGCAGAUGCACAGGUUCAGCACCAGCGUGUCCAGGAAUCCCUCAUCCAUGCAAAUAAUCGCCUGUCUAACGAUCGCAGACGACUCAUUGUGGAAAACGAAGAUCUGAAGGCUGCAGCAGCCUCUGCUACAGAGGAGAGAGACCUACCAACAGGCAAUCAUCCCUAUCUUGAAGACGAGUGGUCGAAGGAGAUCACAUCUCUCCGUGGUGAGCUUGCAAAAUUGCAGCAAGAUUUAGCAUCCUCCCGUCAGCGGCAAGACAAUGGGUCCAAGAACACUUCGCCAACGAAACCUCCGGGGCCUUGUACCAUGCCUACACCUGGCGAGAUCCAUUGGCAGCGCCGCUCGGCAUCGCUAGCGAAAGAUCUCGAGCAAGUCAAGGAUGCAAGGGAUAAAUUUUCCCAGCAAUUAGAAGCAAAGAAAGGCGAGCUGAUGAUCGGUAUACGAAGGAAGAUUAUGGCAUUAUUGCGCCUCCUGCGGGUUCGUGUCCCACAGCUGAGCUCCCCUGGAACUGUUGCGAAAGCGCAGGAACAUAUUCAAAUCUUGAUGGCGGUGCUUUGGAACCUGUUCAGCGAACACGAUGCACAAAACACGAUAAAGUAUGAGGCGCAGUUAUCGAACCGCUUCCACCUGUUACAAGUUCAAGACCGCACACCGUCGUCACCAACUUCACCAAGUUACAACGACGAUAUGCAGGUCAGUGAGGGCGAAGGCAGCACGGCGCACUCAGAUGUCUUCCCGCAGGCGAGUGUUCCUUGUCAAUCAACUCUAGCAAUCCCGGAAACUGAUAUGCUGUGUCAGAAGGAGGGCAUCGACAGCUACGAGAGCAACAACAAGCGUGCGGAUGAUGCAACCGACAAGGCCGUGGCUAUGGGCGAGCUCGACCUCGGGCAGGGUGUGCAGGAGAGCCAGGUACAGACGGAGGCUGAAGCCCAGGCAACAUCUCUUUUGCGGAUGUUGGAGGACGAAACGGGUCAGAAAGCUGCUAUCGAACAAGUGGCUGCUUUGCUUCGUGCUGAGGUCAUGGCUAAGAACGACGAGGUUACAAGAGCGGGGAACCGUGAACGCGCCCUGUUGCUCGCAAUCCAAGACCUCGAGCAGGGUGCGAGGGGGUACGAGGCUCGUUGGACAGAGGCUAAAGCUCAAGCAAUGUCUCUGUUGCGGACGCUGGAGGACGAGAUGGCUCAGAAGGCCGCCAUCGAACAGGCGGCUUUCUCGCUUCAAGCUGACGUUCUGGCGAAGAGCGACGAGAUCUCCGGGGGAAGAGAACGCGAACGCGACCUGUUGGCCACCAUUCGAGGUUUAGAGCAAAGCGUCAAUGAGAGCGAGGUUCGCUUCACGAGAGCGGAAGCUCAGGCGUCAUCUCUGUCGUCGCAGCUCGAGGAUGAGAUGCGCCGGAAGGCUGCGAUCGAGCAGGAGGCAGCGUCGCUCCGCAUGCAAAUCGAGUCGAAGAGCGACGAGAUUGCACGGGCUGAGGAACGCGAGCGCGACCUGAAGCGAGAAGUGCAGCUCAAGAGCGAGGAGAUCUCCGGGGCAAGAGAACACGAACGCAACCUUUCGGCCACUAUCCGAGGUCUGGAGCAGAGCGUCAACGAGAGCGAGGUUCGCUUCACGAGAGCGGAAGCUCAAGCGUCAUCUCUGUCGUCGCAGCUCGAGGAUGAGAUGCGCCGGAAGGCUGCGAUCGAACAGGAGGCAGCGUCGCUCGGCAUGCAAAUCGAGUCGAAGAGCAACGAGAUCGCACGGGCAGAGGAACGCGAGCGCGACCUGAAGCGAGAACUACAGCUCAAGAGCGAGGAGAUCUCUGGGGCAAGAGAACACGAGCGCGACCUGUCGGCCACCAUUCGAGGUCUAGAGCAUAGCGUCAAUGAGAGCGAGGCUCGCUCCACGAGAGCGGAAGCUCAAGCGUCAUCUCUGUCGUCGCAGCUCGAGGAUGAGAUGCAACGGAAGGCUGCAAUCGAGCAGGAGGCAGCGUCGCUCCGCAUGCAAAUCGAGUCGAAGAGCGACGAGAUCGCACGGGCAGAGGAACGCGAGCGCGACCUGAAGCGAGAAGUGCAGCUCAAGAGCGAGGAGAUCUCCGGGGGUAGAGAACGUGAACGCGACCUGUCGGCCACCAUUCGAGGUCUAGAGCAAAGCAUCAACGAGAGCGAGGCUCGCGCCACGAGAGCGGAAGCUCAAGCGUCAUCUCUGUCGUCGCAGCUCGAGGAUGAGAUGCGCCGGAAGGCUGUGAUCGAACAGGAGGCAGUGUCGCUCCGCAUGCAAAUCGAGUCGAAGAGCGACGAGAUCGCACGGGCGGAGGAACGCGAGCGCGACCUGAAGCGGGAGCUGCGCGUCAAGAGCGAGAUGAUUGCAAGGGCAGAGGAACACGCACGCGACCUAGAGCAGGAGCUGCAAGCAAAGAGAGACGAGCUAUCGAAGGCUGGGAGGCGCAGAGGCAAUGAUCUUAGGAUGGUUGUGCGUGAGCCUUGGUCGUAG